AUGAGUUUCCCAGAUAAACCAGCGGCUUACCUGCUUGGUUCCAAUGGUCCUGUCCACGCCGUCAAGUACUCAGCGUCUCCCGGAUCAUACAUUCUCACAGGAUCCGGAGACCGCUCAAUUCGCCUCUACAACCCAUUCUCUAACAUCCCCGUACCAGAACCCCCAUCUGGAACCAAGCCAGCCAUCCCGCAAGGCCGCCUGAUUCAAACCUACUCAGCGCACGGGUACGAAGUGCUCAGUCUAGAUGUCGCAGCGGACAAUGAGAAAUUCGUGUCGGGCGGUGGCGAUCGCUCCGUGUUCCUCUGGGACGUGGCUACGGCGGUGACGACGAGACGGUUUGGCGGCAAUGUUCACGGCCAUUCGGCGCGGAUUAAUUGCGUCAGUUUCGCGGGAGAUGGAGACUCUCUGGUGGUAAGUGGGGGUUUUGACACGACUGCGCGUAUAUGGGAUAUGAAGAGCGGCAGUGUCAAGCCUAUACAGGUGCUGAGCGAGGCUCGGGAUGCGAUUACGUCUUUGGUGGUUCGUGGGCCGGAAGUCGUGACGGGGAGUGUGGAUGGGCGGGUGAGGAGCUAUGAUGUUAGGAUGGGGAAAUGCACCACCGAUGUCAUGGGAGCAAGCGUUACCAGCCUAUCUCUUACGAAGGAUGGUCGAUCAAUGUUGGUGGGCACGCUGGACAGCAAGAUGCGACUUAUGGAUCGCGAGAAGGGGACUUGUCUCAGGGCAUAUUCUGAUCCUAUAUGGAAGAAUGAGGAAAUACGGGUGCAGUCUCUUUUAGGCCACCGGGAGAAGUAUGUGAUAGCGGGCGAUGAAAUGGCCAGUGAACCGGGGAAUACGGGUGAGGGUAGAAUUUGGGCGUGGGACCUACUGACUGGGAAGGUUGUCGCCAAAGUGAAAGUGCCUUGGGGCCCGCAAGGGUACGAGCAAAAGAAGAAAGCUAUUGGUAGAGACGGCAAAGAAAGAAUACGCAGCAACGUGAUUAGCUGUCUGGCAUGGAGAGAAGACGGCUGGGGAGAUCAAUUCUGCGUAGGAGGAUCCUCCGGCGUGGUAUCAGUUUUCAAUAUAUAG